AUGCGGACGUGGAGGACAGCAGCGGUUAUAGCUGAAGACGAUGUGAUCUCGCUGCCCAAUGACAUCCCCCUGUUCUCUGCAGCGACACUGGGGGUUAACCCCUGCACUGCCAUUAGGAUGCUCUCUGACUUUGAGGAGCUGAAACCAGGUGACACAGUGAUCCAGAAUGCAGCCAACAGUGGUGUGGAUCAGGCUGUCAUACAGAUUGCUGCUGCAGGGGAGAUCCAAACCAUUAACGUGGUCAGAGACAGGCCAAACCUCACACAGCUUAUUGACAGGCUGAAGGCCAUGGGCGCCAGUCAUGUGAUCAAAGAGGAGACCCUGAGGCGGCAUGAAAUGAAGGAACUUUUCAAGACCUGUCCAAGGCCAAAGCUGGCACUGAACGGAGUUGUGGGCAAGAGUACAAUGGAACUCCUCCAUCACUUACAAUGAGGGGAACUGACCGCCCCUGCCUGUUCAGAGGUAGGCCUCCAAGACUUCCGGCAAGCACUGGACACUGCCAUGCAGCCGUUCACCUCAGCCAAACAGGUCCUGGUCGUGUGACCCCUCUUUUGACCAGCCCCAGCUGUUCUCAGGGUCAUGUUCAUUUGGCACCAAACGGAAGAAAACGGACUGAAACAGGAAGGGACUACCUGGACUUGUCUAAUAAGAAACAGUCUUUUGCACUGGGUGCCCAAUUGAAUAUGACCCUGCAUACAAAACGAAGUCCCGGCACGUUCAACGGUUGCAGCCCCAAGGCUGCCGCUUCAUCAUUGUCGGAAAAACAUUGCUCAAGCACACGUAUUUUCCGUAGAGGCUCAAAGUCCACUAUAUAUGUUAUUAGCACCACUUUAAGUCAUCUUUACUGACAACAGUUCAUGGAUUUUUUUUCAGAAUGGUCAUGGAUUCCUUGACAACUUUAUGUAUUGUCUACAUGUUAUUUCUCCUGCAUGGUAACAUUGUUAUAUCCUGGUCCCAGAUCGGUUUGUGCUGUCUUGGCAACUCCUAUGGUUAUUACUCUGCAAGAUGGCACAAACAGAUCUGGGACCAGGCUAACGUGGUUAUGCAGCAGAUGGUGUUCUGGUAAAACACUAAUAAACAUUUGGGAAAGAUUAAGCUAUUUUAUAGAGUUCCCAUUACUUGUUGUAUGGACACGAGCAAAUACGAUCAUGACACGUAUUAGACAGGUUUAUUACUUUAAAAACAAUACUGCAGGGUCCAACUAGAGCUGUUACCCUGACCAUGUUACCGCCACCGGCAGUCACGAGUCAUGACUGGAGUCAAGUUCCACGUGAACAAAUUCCAGACGAUUCCGCAGGUGAAGAAGACGGAAGUGGAGGUCCUGGGCUGACGUGGUUAUUAGUGGUCUGCGGUUGUGAGGC